GUUCAGCGAAAUUGGCAGCUUCGACCGAAGGGAUGGGUUGGUCGUAAGUGUAUUUGCUUAGCGGUAGCUAGUCGGCCAGCGGCAGCUACGACUGCGCGUCGAGGGCAACGACGAAAAGGAAGCGUUGGAGGCUCAACGAAUAUGUUGUUCCAGUUCAACGAAGGCCAGGAGUGUGGGCAGAAGGGGGAGCAGCCAUAAUGAAUGGAUGCACAAACGCUCACGUUCUGGGCGUGGCUCCCGCUGGUCCAUGUUCCCAUGCUUCCAUGCUCCCAUGCUUCCAUGCUCCCAUGUUCACCGCCCAAAACGGCUAGCCUUCACAAUCAACGAAGACUUCGCAGGUUUCAUUGCGGGCCAGCCAUAUUGCCAGCCUUGCGCCAUAUGCCGGAGAUCUGCUCGCCCUUCAUCAACCCCCCUCGUCCUAACACUACCUGUCUGUCGCAUUCACUUCUCGCCUUCGCAUCGUCUUGUCGAAAGGCAACCUGCAUUGCAUCGAGGGGCUGGGUUCGACAAGUAUGCACGCUCAUGCAGCUCAUCUGCAGGACGCACAAACUCCUCUCACGGUUCCUGCCAUCAGUACAAAAGCAGUUAACAAGAGGCGGCAUUCCAGAUCGCUAGCAUGCACAAGUCUCGCCACGGCCGAGCUUGGCAGAUCACCAGAAUGGCCUCACGCCUGA